AUGCUCAGAGAACAGACUGUUCAGGCCACAAAAGAUGCCGGAACAAUUGCGGGACUGAAUGUGUUGCGGAUCAUCAAUGAGCCGACUGCUGCAGCACUUGCCUACGGACUUGACAAGAAAUUGAGAGGCGAACAGAAUGUGCUGAUCUUUGAUCUGGGUGGUGGAACCUUCGAUGUUUCCAUUCUGACCAUAGAUGAAGGUUCUCUCUUUGAGGUGAAAGCCACAUCAGGGGACACUCAUCUUGGAGGCGAAGAUUUUGAUAAUCGCAUGGUGGACCAUUUUGUGGCUGAAUUCAAGCGAAAGUUCAAGAAGGACCCCUCAACAAAUGCACGAGCCAUUCGACGCUUGAGGACUGCAUGUGAAAGAGCGAAGCGGACACUAUCAAGCAGCACAGAAGCAGCUGUGGAGAUUGAUGCCCUCUAUGAGGGCAUUGACUUCUACACAAAAAUUACCAGAGCCAGGUUUGAGGAGCUGUGUAUGGACCUAUUUAGGAGCACUAUGGAACCAGUGGAGAAGGCACUGAGGGAUGCAAAAAUGGACAAGGGGAUGAUCAAUGAGAUUGUAUUGGUUGGUGGUUCUACAAGGAUUCCUAAGAUCCAGAAGCUGCUGAAAGAUUUCUUCAAUGGCAAGGAGCUGAAUGGUAGCAUCAAUCCUGAUGAGGCUGUUGCCUAUGGUGCAGCAGUCCAGGCUGCAAUUUUAUCUGGAGACUCAAGUGCAAGUAUCAAGGAUGUGCUGCUGGUUGAUGUUUCGCCACUGUCUUUAGGCCUGGAAACUGCUGGUGGAGUGAUGACAAAGAUCAUUGAGAGGAACUCAACAGUGCCAACCAAGGCAUCCAAGGUGUUUACCACCUACAGUGACAACCAGCCAGCAGUCACCAUCCAGGUGUUUGAGGGUGAGAGAGCCCUGACAAGGGACAACAACCUCUUAGGUAGAUUUGACCUGACUGGAAUUCCUCCUGCACCCCGUGGCAUUCCCCAAAUUGAAGUUACCUUCAACAUUGAUGCCAAUGGAAUUUUGCAAGUGACAGCCAAGGAUACUAGCACAGGGAGGUCAAAUAACAUCACCAUCACGAAUGACCAGGGCAGGCUAUCCAAGGAGGAAAUUGAACGCAUGCUGGCUGAUGCAGAGAAAUACAAGGCAGAGGAUGACAAGCAAAGAGAAAGAGUUGCUGCAAGAAAUCAGCUGGAGGGUUAUGUGUUCAGUGUCAAGCAGGCAGCAAAUGAUGCAGCUGACAAGUUGAGCCAAGCAGACAAGGACUCCAUCAACCAGCAGUGUGAACAAUGCCUCAAAUGGCUGGACAACAACAAUCUGGCUGAGAAGGAAGAAUUCGAACACAAGCAGAAGGAGCUGGAGAGGACCAUCACUCCCAUAAUGACAAAAAUGCAUCAAUCUGGUGGUCCUCAGCAGCAGCGCUGUGGAGAAUCCCAGGGCCAUGGUGGAAAGCAACAGGGCCCCACUGUUGAAGAAGUUUAUUGA